UCUGCACCAAAUCGUCUCAUGUAGUUAUGGACUCUAAGCUGAAAACACUGAGGAAUUUUGAACAUCUUGAAUCUGAUUACACAGAGGAACAUGAAGAUCCAAGAGAUUACUGCUACGGUGGGUAUCACCCAGUGCAGGUGGGCGAUGUGUUUAAUAAGAGAUACAAGGUUCUGUCAAAGCUGGGUUGGGGUUAUUUCUCUACUGUAUGGCUCUGCAUUGACCUCAGGUCAGGCAGGCAUGUGGCAGUGAAGGUGUUGAAGAGCGGAGCUGGAUUCACUCAGGCUGGCCAAGAUGAACUGACAUUACUGCGAUGUGCUACUGGUCCCACAGCCCGUAACCCUCUCAAAGGACGUAUUGUGCAGUUACUGGAUGAGUUUAAGAUAGCUGGUGUGAACGGCAUUCAUAUUUGUCUGGUGUUGGAGCUGCUGGGACCAGACUUGCACUGUUGGCAAGUGUGUUUUGGGAAUCCAGGUCUCUCUCUCACCGGUGUCAAACAGGUCAUCACUCAGGUGCUUGAAGGUCUGGAGUAUCUUCACAGCCACUGCAAGAUCAUUCACACAGACAUCAAGCCUGAGAACAUCCUGCUGUGUCUCACACAGUCCUCAUCUCAUCCUCCAGGGGGCGCGAAACAAACUUACACUUCAGCCAUUAAAACCACAAUCCUCCAGGAUCCCGAAGCAGCUGCAAAGCCUGGAAACUUGGAUAAUAUCACAGUGAAAAUUGCAGAUCUUGGCAGCUCAUGUUGGGUGUACAAACACUUUUGUCAAGAGAUCCAGACCAGACAGUAUCGCUCUCUGGAGGUUCUUCUAGGCUCUGAAUAUGGUCCUCCAGCUGACAUCUGGAGUGUGGCCUGCUUGGCAUUUGAGCUUGUUACUGGUGAUUCCUUAUUUGAACCCAAAGCAGGGCAUAAUUUCUCCUUAGAGGAAGACCACCUGGCUCAUAUUAUUGAGCUCCUGGGUAAGAUCCCAGUGUCAGUGGCUCUGUCUGGGAAAUAUUCCUAUCAGUAUUUCAACCGCAAAGGUGACCUGCGGCGAAUAGCUGUCCUCCGUGUAUGGGGGCUGUACGAAGUGCUGGUAGAGAAAUAUCACUUUCUCCUCAGAGAGGCCUCACUUUUCUCUGAUUUCCUGUUACAGAUGUUGGACUUCCUGCCAGAACGGAGGGCAACAGCAGCUCAGUGUCUCAAACAUCCCUGGCUAAAGCUGUAACCCUCUCUGGCUUUUUUUACUUGAAUAAGUUUCUGUUCAUGUCUGUUUUGAGUGUGUCGAAUGAAAAGGCCAUGGCUCCAAACUGUUUUUUUUCUAAAUGGGACUGUUCCAAAUCUGUAAGACUUUCUUUCCUCUGUGGAAAACGCAAACAAGAUACUUUGAUAAAUGUCUCUGUAUUGAGGGUCAAUGGGGUCCAAUGUUUUUUGGGCACAACAUUCUUCAAAAUA